GUUAAAAGGGGUAGUCUAUUAUUAUCUGUCUGCCAACACCAAUCCCUCCAAUAUGAAUUUUCCAAAGAUGUACUUAAAGUUGAUCGAGAUGGGUCUUCUUCUUUUUUCUUCUUUUUUUCUUCUUUUUCUUUUUUUUCUGUGAAUACUCUUCAAUUUGCAAGCUUUUCUUGUUUAACCCUAGAAUUUUUUACUUGAUCUGCAUCCCAGUAUCUUAUUAGCCUCCUACUCAACUGAAGUUUGAUAACAUGUGUGACGUGAUUUCUGUGUUAUUUAUGGCAAUGGUAGCUGUAGUUAAGUUUGAUCAUAUACAUUUGCACUCUGCAUAUGAUAGAGUAGAUUCAUUACUCUUUGUCCAUGUAUCCGUAUGUGGACUAUUACAAAGCUAAUGCUUGCAUAAAGCCAUGAACCAUAAUAGUAAGGCUGUAUGUAAUAUCCAUUAAUUGUAUUAGGUGCCAGUGGAACCAGUUCAGUAAAUGCCUUCUUCCUUUUUCAUUUUUUUUCCUUCAUUGAAAGGCACCAAUGAAUUUGACAUGUAUGUGUAAAUGAGAAAACAAGGGACCAUUUUCAACAUCAAUAUCAGGAGUGAAAACUAAAGAUCACACUCUCAAGCUUCAAGCUUCAAGCUCCAGCUCUUGCUUGACCAUUUUGAACCUCCCAUCUCAGGUGCCUCUGAGGAGAAAAAUGGUGAGAAAGAAUGGUGUCAAGGAAAAGAGGCCUUCCUUCUUCAAGGUUAUUCUUCCAGGUUACUCCACUGAACGUCUCAGGAUUCCACCGCAGUUCUUGAAGCAUCUUAGGAAGGAUCUAUGUAGCAAGGCAACUUUGAGCUUGAACAUGUCUUCACAGUGUUCAUGGAAUGUGAAAGUGACUAAAACAAAGAAAGAUGUGUAUUUCAAGGAUGGGUGGCAGGAGUUUUUAAACAAUAAUUCAGUGGAUGAAGGCGACUUCCUAGUGUUCACCUAUGAAGGGAAAAUGCAUUUCAGCAUAGCGGUUUUCAACAGGAGUUGUUGUGAAAGAGUCAAUUUUCCUAAUGGAACAUUCAAAGAAUCCAUAGUUGCUACGACUACUAUAAGGCCUUGUGGUAGACCAAGAAAAGAUAACUCAGCUGCAGAUAACACAGCUAAGGAAUCUGCUAUAUCUUUCAAAUCCAAGUUUCCUCAUUACAAAAGUACUAUUAAGAAAACUUAUUGUGUGUACUCAAUUCCCACCACCUUCUACAGGGAGCAUCUUUCUGCAGGCAAAUAUGAAUUUGCUUUCCUGAAGAUCUCAGGGGGAAACAAAUGGUACAAAGUGAAGCUUGUCCCUUCCAUUCGAACAGCCUUCAUGUCAAAAGGGUGGGCUGCGUUCGCACGUGAUAACCAGAUCAAGGUUGGACAUGUUUGCAUUUUCGAGCUUGUGAAAGAGAACAAAAUGGUGGUUCACAAUUUAACAUUCUCCGGAAAUGAUCAAGUUCAAGCUAUUAACAGCAUCUGCUGAGAGCUUCAAGGUUUUUUAACUUACUAGACAUAUGCUAUUAUUGUAGUUUCCUGUAUUAUUGUCAUGUUGGAUUGCUUUGCAUCUAUUCAGUUUUAUGUUGGAUUUCUGAGACACUGGUGCAGAACUUAUAUUGCACUGAAUAUUUCUUCUC